UCCCUCGGCCCCCCGGAAGCAUGGCCCAGCAGGAUGGUGAGCAGGAGCUGCAAUCACUCGGGACCCCCCAUCUGGAGUGCCAUAUCUGCUACAGCCGCUACGACCCACGAACCCGCAGACCCAAACUGCUCCCCUGCGGCCACCGCCUCUGCUCCAGGUGCCUGCACAAGAUGGUGGCACUGGGAGACACGUCACCCCACCACCUCUGCUGCCCCUUCUGCCGCCAGCAGAGCCCAGUGCCUGGUGGGGACGUCCAGCAGCUGCAGGAUGACGGUGAGGUGCUGGCCCUGGUGAUGGGCCAUGAGCCAGCCAAGAAGAGGGGUGCCCCCCAGUCCCCUGAGGUCCUCCUCUGCCCCAACGUGCUGGAGCCCAUGCCUGGCCCUGACUGCCUGGUUGUCACCAUCCUGGAUGUGCCAGAGGAUGUGUCCCCACCAGACGGCCUAGGUGGGCUGGAUCUGGUGCAGCUCUACCACCCCACCAGCCUGGACUCACUGCCCUGCCACAGCCCCAGGCAGAAGUGCCACUCCUGGGGUUGGCAAGCUGCCCCCCACUGCAUCCUGAGCGUCCUUGGCCUCCUCUACUUCAGCUCCCUGCCCUUCGGCAUCUACCUCCUGCUCAUCGAGCAUCACGGCCUGGGCAUCAUCCUGGUCAGCCUUGUGCCCUCCACGCUCCUCCUCUGCAUCAUCUACAGCCUCUGCCAGUGCCUGUGUCGGGAGGUCUUUGUGUUCCCCCACUCAUGACCCUGCACAGCCAAGCCCUAUGCCUGUGAUAGGAAGACUUUGGGCAGCUUAGAGUAUUGCUCCUUGGGGUACAGGUGUUCCUCACCCCCUCC